CUUGCUUUCGACGAAAAAAGACCUGGUCUCCCCGCACCACCGUCUCAGCUCGACCACAGACACAUCGACUGACUGGCAACAAGUGACAUGUGAGCAGCGUGCCGGGAGAUCGCGGCGUGACGACGAUGUUGACGUGAGAGGUUUGUGCGGCAAAGGGAAGCUUCGCCCCGGAGAUCUGCAUUGAGCGUGGCAGCGCGACAAGGCGGUGUCAACGGACUGGCGCUACACGAUUCUGAGAGAAACGGGGAGGUCGUCGAACACGGCCAUGUUCUCCUUCGGAGCCUCGAAGCGCCGACUAGGCCUCGCUCCGCUGCCACUGGUCGCAGUGCUGGCCGUGGUUCUGCUUCCUUCGCUGGUCGAAGGCCGUCGCACGUCCCACUGCUACGUGUGCCGCUCUAGGGGCCAGCUGGGCGACUGUCGGGACCCAUUCCCCUACAACGAGACCACGGUUGAAAGCGUUCGUGGGGUCGAGGCCUCACCGUGCGCCUCCAAGUGGUGCGGAAAGCUCGUCGAAGGAAGAGACGACGACUUCGACCUAGCCACCGAACGGAUGUGCUUGCAGCGACCCCCCGAUGACCUGGAGGAGAGGUGCGCCGAGACUCUGUACCAAAACAGGCGCGUCUACAUGUGCUUCUGCCGGGGAGAUCUGUGCAACGGGGCCCACAGGACUGCGGCCGCGGCAUCUGCAUCCGUCGCCCUUGCUCUCGCAUCGGCUUGGGCGAUUCGCUGCGCGCUGCAGUUGUGACGAAAGCAGCCGUUAGAGAAGUGCAAGGACUUCAGACUGGUCAACAUAACCAGGCCGAAGUAUUUAUACCGUUAAGCAUCGAAAACUUUUAAAGCGCGCGGACCGUUGUGUACAAGCAUCGUUCACUUUCCAAUUAACGCGGUGCGAAAGUCUCGCGUCAAAAAGCGGGUUUGUUUAGAUCGUCCGAGAUUCCUAGCCAUGGCUAUAGGGUCUUGCCUGGCUGGCGCUGUGGAAACUGAUGACCGUGUCAAGGCACCGACUACGACAGAAAGUCAGCGGGGCUUUAUCUUUCGUACGUUUGCAAGAAUUUGCCACACGAAAAUUUCAGUGUAUCAUUCCAUGCUGAGCUAAACCUUAAUUGCAUACAAUCAAGGCAGAACAAAUCAAGCGGUAUGACAAACUUACCUUUUCUGUGACCGGGGCGGUACACAACAUUCCAAUGUUUUAAGAUAGCACGUCCUUCUCUACAUUGUGAUUUCAAAGAAAAUGUAACUCAUUUUAUACGUAUAUUACUACUUGCGUCACUAUAUAUAGAUAAUAUCUGUUGCGUCAGAGGUGCAGAAAGGUCGAUGAUGCUCAGAACUUACCAGCGCGACUGCUCCACUGCAGUCAAUCACUGCCAUCAAUUCUUUAGGUUCAGAGAACUUCGUUAAUACGUUUGUUGUUUUAUAUUAUGGCCGACUCUUGUUGUGAGCUAUGAAAUAUUAAAGUGUUUGUUGUAUAAGUCU